AUGCACAUGUUGCUUAACAUUGCCGGACUGGCUUUAGGCAUGUUUACUCAAGUACUAGGCAGGCCCAUGAUUAUUGGCUAUUACCCGUCCUGGAAGAGAGCACGAAUGGCGAACGUGGACUUUUCAAAGUACGCGCACAUCAAUCUGUCUUUCGGCAUCCCAACAGCGGAGGGUACCUUUAGCUACGAGGGUGACUGGUUCCUGGCUCAGACAGUGGCAGACAUCCACAGCAAGGGUGCCAAGCCGUUUGAUGUUACUGGCGGGCCUUUGAAGGACAUUGCUGCCUUUGCCAAGGUCGUCGAUUAUGCCAAUCUUAUGCAGUACGAUAUCAACAGCAGUUGGAAUGCAGAGACCGGGCCCAAUGCGCCGUUCAACUUUGAACAGGGCAAAGGCAUUGGAUACUAUGGGUGGUCGACGACUGCAAAGGUUGAUAUGACCAAGGACCCUAACAACCAGUACCAGCCGCAAGAGAGUGUGGUCCCACUUGGCGACUCUGAAGAUGCCGCGUGGUAUGAUGCCUGCGCUGGAACAACCUCCAACAGCGGCACGUGGAUGUGGAAGCAUUUGUGCAACCAGGGCGUGCUAAGCAGCCCCAGCACGGCGGCAGCGCCGUGGGUGCGCCAGUGGGACCCGGUCUCACAGACGCCGUGGCUGUUCAACCCAACCACCAAGCAGUUAAUCUUGUAUGACGAUCCGCAGAGCAUCAAGAUAAAGGUCGACUAUGCUGCCGCCAAGGGCCUUGGCGGAACUAUGAUCUGGUCAAUCAACAUGGACUACAAUAACAAGCUCAUCGAUGUGAUUCAUAGCUGGAAUAUUGGCGGACCACCAAUUAACACGACUAUUUCGGCUGAUUCAAGCACCGCGGCGGUCCCAACGGCAUCAAAUACAGCUACAAUUACCACAACCAUUACAGUGACUCCGUCAAAACAUUAUCCUACUGUCACCAUUAUCAAUGGUAGUGGUAAUAGCGGCGAAACACCAGUUCCUGGCAGCAGUUGUUUAUUCAAUAAAGUUCACAAGUGCGCAAAAAUAUCCGGCAAGGAUGACGGCUACAAUGUGUCUCUUUGGCACAUGGGUGGCUCGAUCAUGCGGUAG